UGGCGGCGGAGGGAUAUACGGACGCGCGGCGCGGGGAGGGUUUAAAGGAGGAAAGGAAGCCAUCUUGGAGCUUCGAGUCUGAAAAACGCACGGAGACGAUAUAGAAGAAGCAGAAGAAGAAAAACAGCAGCAACAAAACAAAACAAAAUUAUAACAUAAACAACAACGACACAUUUAUAGUGACAUAAGGAAAAAAAACAAUAACAGUUGGGGAAAAAAAAAACAAAACGACUGAAAACGCACGGACAUCGCGGCGAAGAGGAUUGAGCAAGGCCGCGCGGUGGGUGCUGUUUGGGGGCUCGGUGUGUGGGGGGGGGAUGGGGUCACUGCACUGACCCGGCUCAUUACCCCGGGCUGGGCUCGCAGUGACGGUAAGCAGCGCUGUCUGUGGCCGCCUGAGGGGGAGGAUUACUCGAGCUCAGGCUCGGCGCUGGCUGCAGGCCUCGGGCCUUGUUUUGCCGUUACGCAGUUGUGGAUUGUGGGGCGCUCAGGGGAGGCCGGUUACUGGGAGUGCUUGUCAAUGCUCGCAUUGCUGGCUAAUAAUCCGCCUGUGGCUAAAUGGCUCUGGCCGGUAAUUUCCGGAUUAUAUUCGCAAUGCUCUGCUACCGGAGACAUUAGUCGUAGUGGCCGAUGGGAGGUGUGCUGGGGGACCCUGCCUUAGCCGUCUCCCGAAUAAACAACUGCCAGGAUGUGAGGCCUGUGUCUUGGGGCGAUCAGGAGCCACAUCCUGGUAAUGUUAUGGAGGGCUGGCAGCAGGCUAUCUAUGGGCGCUUUACAUUGAAACAUGGGUAGUCAUGGCUUCCUGCUAGUGUUGUCAUUUGUGGUGGCCAGAGCCUUUAUUGAUUUUGAGUGAUGUGUUACAGGGAGCCUUUGCAUUUCCUUGUAGUGAUUCGUGGUUGUUUUUUUUGUUUUUUCUAAAAUGGCAGUUUCUAUUGACUGAGGUAGAGUAAUGUAUUUUAAUUGUAAUUUUUUUAAUUAUUCAAAUGUAUGGUGGCUUCUUGAGGACAUACUGUAUUGUGUACUUCUAGAAAUGUGUGGUGUACUUUUUUUUUUCCUUACAUGUUUAAUCACUACUUUAUAAUUUCAUGGCACUUCCUGCUGAAUCUACUGCGUAAACCAUGGGUAGUCAACCUUUUAAUAUAUACCGCUCACGUUUUGCAUUUUCGGUAAAAUUCCCUUACCACUCACCAGUGCCAUAGUAAGUAAUUUUAUAGCGCAAGUGCAAGGUUUUGUUUUUAGAUAGGGUCUUAUGUGUGUAUAUAGAUUUUUUGUUGUUGUGUGUGUUUUUUUUUUUUUUUUUUUUGUUUGUGUGGUCCGCUUGUGAACACAGCACUGUAUUACCAUGGUAAUCUACAGCCACGCUCUGACCAGCUUGCUCGAGGGAGAAACACACAGCCUUCCAUGCCCUUUCCUCUUUGAUGUAACUGCCAGCGGGCCGAAAUCUUUGAUCUCACCAGCCCGAGAGGGCUUACAGCGAGGCUGGCUCUGCAUGGGCCAGCAGGGGAGAUGAAAGGAUCUUCCCUGCUGGCCAUGGUCCAUGGCCAUCAAGGCCCACUGGGUGUUUUCUGCAGGACCCACAACCCACCUGAAAUCUAAAGCCGCCUACUAUUGGGCGGUAGGGAACAGGUUAAUUACCCAUGGCGUGAACUUUUUUUUUUUUUCUUGGUAAACUGCAUUAGCCGUGGACAUAGUUCAGAUGUUAAAAUGGUAUAAAUGCCAGUUAUUGUGGACUGUAACUGUUUAGACUUAUUUUUCUUUCCAUAGAUCAGUUCUAAGAUGACCAUCCUUUUAAUGCUUAGAUUUUCACUUUUGUGACUAGCAUAUUCCAUAUUUGAACAAUGAAUCCACUUUCGUUAAAGUGACUCUCUUUGGGGUAAUUAAUCACAGGUUAGGCAACUUCCAACACUCCAGUGGACUGCAUCUUCCAUAAUUCUACUACAGCUGUAAUCCUGUUAAAGCAUCAGGGGGAGACAUGGUGCACAUAUUCUGGUGUGCAGAAGGUUGACUACCUCUGCACUAGAUUGGUGUUUUUGGUUAAAGAAAAAGUAAAAAUACAUGAGCUCUCAUGGUUCUCUUUGACAGUAUGUAAAUAUCAGGCAUGAGAAAAUGUAAAUGUCAGAACAUGGAAAUGCUUCUUCAGCUUAUUUAACUUUGUUUCUUUCGUUGCUUCACAAUAUCUAUUUUGAUUAAAGGGACUCUCCACUGCAGGUCCCUUCCCAUCCCUGGCUGCUGAAGGGGUGAAAACCUCUUCAGUCACUUACUAGAGGCAUGCCUCACGUCGCUGCUGCUUCCGCCGAUCCUCCCCUUCAUUACGUCAGCCGGCUGGGGAGACCUCAAGCGCAUGUGCAUUAGACCUCUCUAUGCAAAAGCAUUGAAAAUAAUUUUCAAUUCUUUCUUUUGGGGAUUUUAACGAUGCUGGAGAUCUUCACACAGCGUGAGGACGUCCAGCGACGCUAUAGCACAGGAAACGUGCUAUGGACCAGGAAGUGCCUUAUAGUGGCUGUCUACUAGACAGCCACUAGGGGAGGACUUAACCCUGCAAGGUAAUUAUUUAUGAAAACUGCAAUAAUUACAGUUGCAGGGUUAAGGGUAGUGGAAGUUGGCACCCAGACCACUCCAAUGGGCAGAAGUGGUCUGGGUGCCUGGAAUGUCCCUUUAAGACAAUGGGAGCUAUCACCAUCAUAGUCAUUCUCUAUUUGGUAAUGUACUAAAGCAUAUUAGCAUAGAUUGUAAGCUCGUUUGAGCAGGGUCCUCUUCAACCUAUUAUUCCUGUAAGUUCUCUUGUAAUUGUCCUAUUUCUAGUUACAUUCCCCCCUCUCAUAAUAAAUUGUAAAGCGCUACGGAAUCUGUUAUAUAAAUGGCAAUGAUAUUAUAGACCCCUAAUAACAUGGAGUGCUGUGUUUACUAGUUGGGGCAAGAAGAAAAGUUUUAAAGGACUACUAUAGGCACCCAGACCACCUCAGCUUAAUGAAGUGGUCUGGGUGCCAGGUCCACCUAGGAUUAAUCCUUUCUGCUGUAAACAUAGCAGUUUCAGAGAAACUGCUAUGUUUACUUUAGGGUUAAUCCAGCCUCUAGUGGCUCUCAUUGACAGCCGCUAGAGGCGCUUCCACGCUUCUCACUGUGAAAAGCACAGUGAGAAGACGCCAGCGUCCAUAGGAAAGCAUCAAGAAUGCUUUCCUAUGAGACUGGCUUAAUGCGCGCGUGGCUCUUGCCGCGCAUUCAGCCGAUGGCAGGGAAAGGAGGAGAGUGUUUAACCCCUUCCUCUCCAUGCAGCCUGGCGGGAGUGGGGGCACCCUCAGGGCACUAUAGUGGUACUUUAUAGGCAUCAAAUCAGUUUAUAGAGAAGUGUUUUUGGGGGGGGGGGGUAGCAGGGACUCUCUAAUCAUAUUUUCCACCAGAUAAUUGACCGAUUCAGCCCUCUGGAACUAUGCCUAAUUUCGUUCAAAGACAGUAAAACUGAGCAGAUUGUAAUCUCUCCAGGAUAUAAAAUUCAGAAGCAUUUGAUGCGCUCCUCAUCUAUUUGGAUUAAUAUCUGACAUUUGUUUCCGCCAAUUUUAAGUCCUAAAAUUACGGAGAAGUAUGGAUCAUGUAUCUGUACUGGCAGUCCUCCCAUUCUGGCCAAGAAUUUUUGCAGAUUUCCUCUGACUUUCCAAAGGGAUUCUUUCUGUCAGAUGAUAUUCUGGAACAAGAGACACAUGCACAGGUUAUACCAUAGGCUUCGGAAAGGUACCUCUUAACACUACUAGACAUCUCAACAUCUUGGGCUUCUAGCACUUCAAUGCAUCAACUGUGCAAAGCAGCAGCAUGGGCAUCUCUUGUUAAAGGGACACUAGUCACCCAGACCACUUCAGCUCAAUGAAGUGGUCUGGGUGCCAGGUCCCCCAGGUUUUAACCCUUCAGAUGUAAACAGCAGUUUCAGAGAAACUGCUAUGUUUACAUUGCAGGGUUAAUCAAACCUCUAGUGGCUGUCUUCUUGACAGCUGCUAGAGGCGCUUCCCCGAAAGAAAUGGCUUCCUAUGGACUGUUUGAAUGCACGUGGCUCUUGCACAUUCUGUUCCAAUCUGGAGCUGACGGUGGGGGAGGAGAGGUCACCGGCGCUGGUUUAAGGUAAGUAGCUGAAGUGGGACCCUGAGGGUGGGGGGUCCUAAGGAUGCUAUUGUGUCAGGAAAACGAGUUUUUCCUGACACUAUAUAGUGAUCCUUUAAUACUAAAUAUUAGACAUCAAAGCCUCCAAGGAAAGCAGCAUUUGGGCACAAGGUUUUUCAAAUAGUUGUCUUAUACCCACCAUUGAGUAGUAUUUUGCCAUCAGUUUUCAUUUCUUCAAAAAUAAUUGAAUUCUUAUUUAGAAUGGCAUAUCAAUUAAACAAGGCUUCCCCAAACUCUGGCCCUCCAGAUGUUGCUGAACUACAACUCACAUGAUUCUCAGCCUAUCUAGUUAUCUAUUGUAGUUCAGAAACAUCUGGAGUUUGAGGAAGCCUGAAUUAAACGGUUAGCUUUCCCUCCCUACACUACUCCUGCAACGGUCAACUAAAAAUCUAAGCAUCCAUUGUAAGGUAUUCUAGCAACCUGUUCUUCACUUACAUGAAACACCUCCUAUCCUUACCUUGUCACUUUACCCUACUAACUCUAAAAUGUAAGCUCAUUUCAAAUACGGUCCUCAAUGCCCACUGUUUCUGUGCAUCCAAUGUCUCUUUGCAAAUACUAGUCUGUUUGACCUAUUCUACAGUUCUGUAGAAUUUUGUUGGGGAUUUAUAAAUAUAUCCUCACUGCCACUAUCCAUAUGGGAUAAAAACAAAAAUUUACUGCAAACCUGUUUUUCAAUAGGAUUAGCGUCUGUAUUGGUUCACUUGAGUUUUGUAUUUUGCUACAUAAUUUUGGCUCUUGUUGUUUCUGAGGCAGUUUUGGGUGUUUUCUAGUCUGGGAGCAGGGGUCAAAGGAAUUACUACUACCAUUGAGAAGUCCACCAUAAAAGGUUUUUAUUUUUAAAGUUCUAAUGCAUCUUACAGGAACACUUUUAGAUUAAAGAAAUAAACUAUUCUAGACGUGUGUGUUGGCUCUAUAGCCAAGUCAAAGCUUAGGACACUGCAGUGUAAAUCUAUUUAUAACACUGUGGCUUUCCUUUUUGGGAUUUGGCCUUGUGCUUUUUUAGUUCUCUCUCGUGAAAGUCUUGCGCUUUUUAUUUAUUUGCAAAAAACAAGAUUUACAGAAUGCUCCCUUGUUGUUCCAGAAAAAUAUGUACGCAGUGCAGCCACUGACGGCAAUGCACUGAAAGACAGCCUGCAUUAGAAAUCGUAACACUCAGGUUGAUACAUGGUAAAGAUAUACUUGGCUGCAGUCUGGCGGGGUCUGUCACUCUUCAGUAUUUCAUAAAGAUAUCAUCCAUAAAUUACUGGUUCUGACUGCUCGAGUUUCAGUAAAUUUCUUAUAUAAUCCAAAUAUCCCACAUAUUUUGGAGUGUUGAUAGGUGUGUAAUAUGUUCUAUUUUGUACAUGGACAUUUUCUGUAAACUGUCCUCAUGAAAUUUGUUGGGGGUCCUAAACAGACUCCGCUGUCUUGUAUAUCCAAAAUCAAAAAGUGCAACAUUUUUCUUGUGCAUAACUUUUGCAAUGUGUGUAAUUUUUUUUUAUUUUUUUUCUAGAUAUCAUUGAGAAGACAAGUGUAGUCUUCGUUCGAGGGCUUUUUUUAUAAAGAAAGUUUGAUUUGGUGCAUCAAAGCAAGUGACUUCAUAAUUGAAAGACUUAAACAAGAACAAGCACUUGUUUGUGUUGCAAUAACAAGGACUCAUAUAUUGAGCAAGACUUUAUCUCUUCAUUUAGAAGAGUUCAAUAAACUGUUAUUACAGUCUCUGUACUGACUUUCAAACCUUCUGAAGUUGAAACUUUCAAAAGGACACUUUAAAUAAAAAAAAUGAGCACCGCCAGAACAGAGAACCCUGUUUUAAUGGGUCUGUCCAGUCAGAACGGGCAGCUGAGGGGUCCAUUAAAACCCAGCGCAGGGACUGGAGGUGGGGGAACACAGACGCAACAAAUAAACCAGCUGAAAAAUGCCAGCACAAUCAAUAACGGAAGUCAACAGCAAGCACAGAGUAUGAGCAGCGGUAUAAAGUAAGGAUUUGCAACCAUUACAUAUGUGUAUUUACACUAUACCAGAUAUUUGAAUAAUGUUUUAAGAGCAAUUGUUUGCACAUGAUGUUGUAAUGAUUGAAUGGAAAGUUUGCAAACCGUUGGUAAAGUGCUUUUGCUCACCUGGUGUUUGUGGAUUAAGAGUCUCUAAGCAUAGUAAUCUUUUUGUAGGUCUGUGUAAUGGUUGGGGUGCAUAGUGUCUUCGUAUUGUCCCCAAGCAUGCUCCGGUAAUGCCUGCAUGUUAGACUAACAUGUGGAACUGUUAGUUCUAUAUUUAUCCAUGGGAUUGAGGUGGCAUAAUAUGGCUGCCUGGAAAAUACCUCCGUAGGUAAUGUUAAAAAUAAUAAAAUAGACCAUUGUAAUGGUGAAAUUACUUGGGGUCCCUUUUAAAAUAUAAUUUCAACUUUUUAUUGUAUGUCUUCGCACAUCAGUGGGACACUCUAUGGACCAAAACAAAUAGGGCAUAAUGAAGUGGUUUUGCUAUAUAGAUGAUGCUCACUGCUCAACUUUGCCAUUUAAGGAACACUAAACCUGUUCCUGACGCUAUAGUGUUAAAAACUCAUUCUGCCCCAAAUAUCAUCAUAAAUAUAGUAAAAUCUUACUUUUUUAACUAUUUUUGUCUGCUGCUGGCUCUGCCCCUGAUCUGCCAUCUUGGCUGACCUCAUCUGAAGUGUUGAUCAAAGCCAAUCACAAUGCUUCCCCAUAGGAUUGGCUGAGACUGCCAAGGAGACAUAUCAGGGGCAGAACUAGCACAAGCAGAACACAGCCCUGGCCAAUCUGCAUCAAUGCAUCUCUGAGGAAAGUUCAGUGUCUCUACGCAGAGGGUGGAGACACUAAAUGUCCGUACUGAGGUGUGCAGCUCUGCCUCUGAAAGCACCUCUCAGCCAUUUGCAGAGUGGUCAGUGGAGGUGUCCUUAGGCUCUAAUGUAAACACUUUUUUUUUUGUGAAAAUACAUUGUUUACUGCCAAUAACCUCAAGGGAAUUAUUCUACUCACCAGAACAAAUACAAUAAGCUGUAGUUGUUCUGGUGACUAUAGUGUCCUGUUAAGAGUUUAUGGAGCCUUAGCCACAACUCAUUGACUCACUCAGCGUCCCUUCCCACUUACUAAAAAAACCUUACAUUUUUAUUUAAUUGUAACUUUCCUUACUGCUCAGUGUUUUUACAUUUUAAAUUUGCUUAAUGCUAGAACCUGCAAUAGCCUCCCAUGUGGCAUUAAAAUUUAAUUGAACAGGGGGUGCCAACUUCUAAACAAAGCAGGCUGAGCUGUAAGAUCUAAUUGAAACUGGAACCCUUUUUUAUUUAUUUUUUUUGUCUCCCCUUUCUCUUUAUUUUUAUAUUUUUAUUUAUUUUGGAUGUGUGAUUCUUAAGAAGGGAAAUCAUGGCAAGGGCUGCAUAAACAAGUGGUUUAAAGCAGGGGGACGUGAUUUAUACACAAGCAUUACUAAAGUAGUCUUGGUGCUUAGUGUUUAAUAAAAAAAUUUCACAUUGUCAACAAGAGGUUUUUGUGUUUUUAUCAUUGAACAUUGCAGAGUGACAUGCUUUGUUGCAUGACUUGUGGUAAGCAGUAUCAGUCUUGUAAAGCAACUUUAUAAUGCUUCUAAAAUGAAUUGCUUGCAGACCUGGUGAUGACUGGAAGAAGACUUUGAAGCUUCCUCCAAAAGAUCUCCGAAUCAAGACUUCGGUAAGAUACAACAUUUGGGGGAUUUUCCUUGCUUUACUUUGUUCAUAGAACGUUUGAGACUUUAAAUCCAGCUUCCCCAAUCGCUGGCCCUCCAGAUGUUUCUGAACUUCAACUCCCAUGAUUCUCUGGCUAUCUGUUUCAUUCAAAGGAUCAUGGGAGUUGUAGUUCGGCUACAUCUAGAAGGCCUAAGUUUGGGAAAGCCUGAUUUAAAUACUCUAAGCAUCGCAACCACUUCAACUUAUUGUUGUAGUGACUUUGUUGCAAGGGGCUUAUAAAGGAACACUAUAGCGUUGGGAAUAGAAAAGUGACUAAAAUGUAUUAGUCACUAGAGGCAAGCUUAAAUGAGCACUAUAGGGUCAGGAACACAAACCUAUAUUUCUGACCCUAUAGGUCAUCUAGCCCCCUCUUGCCUCCCUAAAUAUAGUAAAAUCUUACUUGUAUUCAAGCCUGAAACUGCUGGCUCUGCCCCUGUCUGUCUCAGAAUAGCAAGCGGUCUGCUGACAUCAGAAGUGGUGGUCUGAUCCAAUCAUAGGAUUGGCUGAGACUGUAAAGGAGGCAGAUCAGGGGUAGAGCCAGCACAAGUCACACAGCCCUGGCCAAUCAGCAUCUCCUCAGAGAUUAAAUAAAUCCAUCUCUGAGGAAAGCUCAGUGUCUGCAUGCAGAGUGAGGAGAUACUGAUAUGGUGUGAUGCACAGUAGGAAAGGCUGAGAUAGGAAGCGGCUCUAGCAGCCAUCUGAAUGGCGGCCAGAAAAGACGGUGUUUACAGCAAAAAGCCUGAAGGGUAUGAUUCUACUCACCAGAACAAAUGAAAUAAGCUGUAGUGGUUCUGGUGACUAUAGUGUCCCUUUAACCCUGUAAUGUAAAAAUGGCAGUUUCUCUGAAACAGCAGUGUUUUACAUUGCAGAGUUAAGGGGACAGGGACCCUCUUUAAAGGAUAUCUAAGCUGAUUUUUAUUUUAUAUUUCCCUGUUUUAUCACCUUGCGUCAUUUUUGUGUUCACUUUGUUUUUUUAUGUAGUGGUGUUUAUACUAAUAGACUAAUAUUCUAAUACCUCCAGUAAGAAUGAAACUAUUAAUGGUAACAGUUUGAGAUUAACACCUCUUUCUCUUCCCCUUUCCCCCUCGUGACAUGUCAUGAUUCCCUUUAAUUCCAGAAGUUUGGUCCUUAAGGGGUUAAGGGAACACCAUAGGCAUCCAGAUAAUUUCAUCUCACAGAAGUGGCCUGGGUGCCAUGUGUGUUCCGUGUCUAUAACCAUGCAGCUGAAAACAUUGCCGUUCUGCUUUAAUGGCAAUGUUUUGCCGGGUUAACGUGCCUCUUGUUGUCAAUAUGAGCACCACUAUAAGUAAGUGCUUCCUUGAAAUGGCAGUUUAAAACCAUUUUAAUCAGUCUGAGAUCUGAUUCGCACAGUGCUGUUUUGCCAUUUCUGAUGAGAAAGCAUUUGAUUAGCUGAGAUCAUUGAUCUUUAUCUCAGCCAAAGAGACAGAGCUUCUCCAAGGAGACUGACACUGAGGAAGAAAAGUUAAAAGGAAACUAUAGUGCUGGGAAAACUUUUUUUUUCUUUUUUUUUUUUUUUCUGGCACUAUAGAUUCCCCUUCUGUCCAGACAGCCACUAAAGGAGUUAACCCUAGCAGGUAAUUAUUGCAGUUUGUAAAAACAGCAAUAAUUACAUGCUGCUAGUUAAGGGUGAUGGAACAUUGCACCCAGACUGCUUCAAUAAGCUGAAGUGAUUUGGAUGCCUACAGUGUCCCUUUAAAUACUUAAUACUGGUAGAGCUGGUACAGUCACUGAAUUUGUAUUCCUUAUGCUAAGCUGUCCAGCUGCUCUGGCCUUAAAGGACCAAUCACUAACUCCCCAUUUGUAAAAAAAAUUUCAGGCCAUUUUUGUGAGUGGUGAGACAUUGGCUGAGAGCGUCAGUUGACUGCUCAGCCAAUCAGCAGCUGCGCUUUGUGAAAUUAAGAUUUCUGAAGCUGUAUACUGCCUGGGGGAUGUUGAGAUUAGUGCAGGAGGCCACUUUGGGUUUAAACUGUCUGAGAACUUUUUUGUGUGAACCGUUUACAAGAUUCUUUUGUUACCUAUUACAGGAUGUCACCUCAACAAAAGGCAAUGAAUUUGAAGAUUACUGUUUAAAACGAGAGCUGCUCAUGGGAAUUUUUGAAAUGGGAUGGGAGAAACCAUCACCAAUUCAGGUUGGUUAAAAUCAAAUCGUGUCAAUGCAAAUUGACACGAAAUUGUAGCUGUUUCACUUGUGGUCAUGGCCAUUUAAGAUUUUUCUUUUGCAUGGCUAACUGUUUAUCCCUUUCUAGGAGGAGAGCAUUCCCAUUGCAUUGUCCGGUAGAGAUAUCUUGGCGAGGGCUAAGAAUGGAACUGGCAAGAGUGGAGCCUACCUCAUUCCCUUACUUGAACGACUAGACUUAAAGAGGGACUGCAUUCAAGGUCAGAUUGUGUUUUUUUUUAUUUUAUUUUUUUUAAGGAAGAAUAUUUGAGCUGAUGUUCAACGGGUGUGUUACAAAAUAUACUUGUGGUUAUCUAAUUUUCUUUAAAUGCCUUUUGUUUGAAAGUUAAAACAUUGAGACAUUGUGCACACCAACAUAAGUGUUUUUUUUUUUUUUUUCUUCAUUUUAUGUAUUUUUGAAAUACUGAACCAUUAGGGUAGCAUAUCUAUUCCAUAGUAACAAUAGGCUAACAGGAAAGGCCACAGAACCCCCAGUUUUUCUCAAAUUACUCUAUUCAACCAUGGACCGUGCAUGCGGCUCAAAUUACCACUAGCUCUACAUAGGCAUGUUGUGUCUACGGCAUUUAGACUUCAGUUUUAAAGGUGAGCUAGAAUCACUAAUAUAUUCGUAAAAUGUGUGGUUUUUUUGACACAUUUGUUUAAAAAUAAAUCCCUUUUAUAUACAAUUGCAAGCAAUAUAUGUAGGCAGGGCAUGACAAUCAUGACUGUUGUCAUGGGCCCGACGGUCCGGACUGCUCAGGGCGUCCCGGGCCCCACAUUAGCUAUGUGCACAUAUAUAGCGAUUAAUGCUAUAUAUGUGCUCUGCGGGCCCCCCGCUACCUGUAUUCUGCAGGGGGCCCAGCACACUUGAAAUAUAAUUCCCAGCUGCUCUGUCGAAGUCUUGCGAGCGCUGCAAUCGUCAGAGCGUUGCCACGGGUUACCAUGGCAACGUCCCGCACGGCUUGCGAGACUUCGACAGAGUAGCUGGGAAUUAUAUUUAAAGUGUGCUGGGCCCCCUGCAGAAUACAGUUAGCGGGAGGGCUGCACCAUGCCACAGGACCUCCAGUCAAUGUGUUCUCCCCCCUCCCUGGCCACAGGUAAGAUACAGGGAGGGGGAAUAAAACAUUACUAUUAAUGUAAGGAAAAAAUACUUACACACUACAUCCUUUCACAAACACUCUGCAGUCACUGCACAUACUACAUCCACUGCAGUCACUAUACACACAUUACAUACUUACACAAACACACACUAUGUAGUCACUACACACACUGUAUUCACUAAACACUACAUUCGCUACACACACUCUGCAUCUAAUAUACACCUCAUACGUUGCACAAAUGUACAAUCUGCAUCCACUAUACACUCUGCAUCCACUACACACACCAGAAUCAGUACACACACUGCAUCCCUGUGGGCGGACUGGGGGGUGUAGCACUUUGGGCGGACCCGGGUGAAUGCACCAGGGGGCCCAGACCUUGAGCUGUGUCAUGGGCCCCAAAAUUUCUGAUCUUAAAUUCUAUAAAACUAUGCCCAAGAUACAGCUAUGGCAAGUUGGUGUACACUGGUGGUUUUCAAGACUGCAUACCUUCUUGCCUAACGAGUUUGUUUUUUUUUAUAUUCAACAGCGAUGGUGAUUGUACCUACACGUGAAUUGGCUUUACAAGUCAGUCAGAUCUGCAUUCAAGUCAGCAAGCAUAUGGGAGGGGUGAAAGUCAUGGCAACAACAGGAGGCACAAAUUUACGAGAUGACAUUAUGAGACUAGAUGACACAGGUAAUACGGUUACAAAUGACCAUGAAAGUAUAAGUUGUGUAUGCAAAAUUAAAUGGACAUGCUAAUCACUGAAAUAAAUACAUGGUAAUGUAGUGGUUAUAGUGCAUAGACCAAACUCUUUAGAAUAAAACAUUUUAUAAAAAAAACUUAAAAAUUUUAAAUUCACUGAGAACACACUUGGUUUUACAGAUCUUUCAGAGGAAAGGCUUUUGUUGUCUGUUUUCCAACGAUCUUUACAUUCAGCAUGGCAUGAUGCCGUUUGAGACCAAUGUGGUUUUUUUAGUGUAGCAAUUGCCAUGCAUGCUUUGUGUCCCUGAUACACCUCUAGGAAGGGAUGCAGUGUACAGCAACAUUCCUGGUCUCAGAUGUGUUUUGAAUCGAAAUGGCAUAGAACACUUUAACAUAAAAUGGAUUUUAAUAGAAAGUGUUACGAUCUGAAAUAAAAUCAAAUGUAGAAUCCACAUCUCUAUUUCGCUUCCCUUAAAAUAGAUCCUUGUUGAUAAUACUUUAAGUGCUGCUGUUUGCGUUUCAGUCUAUAGGAAAUUAAAAGGCUUGCAGUUUUGUAGUGUGUUCAAAUAAGUUAACAUUUUUUUUUCUCUAAUGCUGGUUUAAAAUUAAAAUACCAUAUUUGGCUUUUUUUUUUUCUCAAAGCCCACUUUAAUAUAUACAAAACGCAGUACAGCAUGCACAUUUGGCAGGGAUAAUGAUGUGGACACUCAGCAGAAAAAGGAAUCUCAUCUUCAGUUUAUUAAAUAUUGAGCACAGUUGAUUUUCUAAAGGUGGCUUAAGAGCUGCUGUUCGGUUUGUAGAAGUGUUGCAGGCUCCCAGCAUGCAUAGGCAUUUAUGACUUGCUUUAUAAAUGCCAGUAAUAAAAUGCCAACCUAUUCUGCAGCGCUGUUCAAUUGGGGAAAGACUGAUACGAUAGGUAGAGGAACCCUGCCUGUGAGCUUACAAUCUAAAUGGGGAAAUGAGACCAGAGGAAGAGGAAUGUGUAUGUGAUGGCAGGGAUAAUUAAAAGUAUUAACUGCUGCAGCUGAUAAUAUCUGAAGGGAAUUAUUGACUAUGGUUCCUAACAGCUGGAGGUGCAUGUUAUAUAGAAGGGACCAUGGUUUUCAUAUGGGAAGCAGAACUUGUGUAUUAAAAUUGUUAAAAUUUUCUACAUUUCUGAAAUGCAGCUUUCUUUUUCUCCUCCCUUUUCCAGUGCAUGUAGUGAUUGCAACUCCCGGCAGGAUUCUGGACCUUAUCAAAAAAGGAGUAGCUAAAGUAGAUCACAUUCAGAUGAUCGUGUUAGAUGAGGUAAUACGUUAAAGUUCAUUAUCACGCUAAAUGUCAUUUUUUUUUUUUUUUUGUUCUAUAUAAAUGUUUUGAAGACACAUAAGGAACUUGUUUUGUGAAAUCUGGUUCCAGUGCUUGAGGCAUGUUGUAAAGCAGAUCCUUUUUCGUUAAUUUGUUUUGCGUGUAAAGUCUUUAUCUGUCUAUUCUUGACCCUCUUAAAGGUAACUCCUAGGAAUGUGAUCUUCUGAUUUGUUGCAAAUACAAAAUAUUCCGAAUUACAAUUGCUACUACCUUUUGUAUCAUCUUGAGUAUGAACAUGCCACUGUAGCAUAAAUAUCUAAUUGGACAAGUCAAAUCUGUACUAUACAAAUAAGAACCAAUGUUCAAAGUGAAACUGCCACCUUGCAAGUUAAAAUCUAUUAAAUCCAGCUGGGUUUAUACUGUCUUCAUCAAUUUGCCUUUUUAUUUUUUUACAUUAUGUAGGCGGACAAACUGCUCUCUCAAGAUUUUGUGCAGAUAAUGGAAGAUAUAAUUAUGACGCUACCUAAAAACAGACAAAUUCUCCUCUACUCUGCCACAUUUCCUUUAAGCGUCCAGAAGUUUAUGGUAAGUAUAAAUUUAUGCUACUUAAAGAAGUAAAUACACAUGUUAUUUAGAUUUAGUUUAAAAGUGCUCAAGUUAAUAAAGUUCAGUAUUUACAUGUUCCUAGUGCUGCAUAAAAGUUGCGGGCUUGACUAUUCUUCUGUUGGCAAAAUAUCAGCUAACUCAAUAGAUGAAUUGUGCUUUAAAGAAAAAAAAGCACCAGGAAUACUUUCUCACCCCAGCCAAUUAACUAAAGAAGUUCACUCUUUCUUCCCCCGCCGUGAGCCCUGUGCCUUUCUGAUAUAAUGUUUUAAUGACCUUGGCCAAUCCAUAACUUCCACAUAGGGAAGCAUCGAGAGGUUAGUGUGCAUGAGCAGCAAACUGCCGCAUUGUCAAUUGGCAUCUCCUCUUUAAGAUCCCUUGAGUAAAUUAAUCUUAAUGGGGUGCGUUCAACAACGCUAUGCAUUGUGGAGACUCAACGUCUGUCCUGCAGUCUUUCCAGUACCAAUCUGUGGAAGCCCUGAUUAUCAGUGACAGCCUCUAGUGGUUGCCUUGGGCAGUAAUGUAUUUCUGUUUGCGAUCCAGUCAAUUUCUUGCUGUUCACACCAUCUUUCCAUUAUGGAUAGGCCUUCAUUCAGUUUUUUGCUGCAAUGGUAAAGUAAACCACUCUCCAAAAUGUAUUAAACUGUAGUGUAGCACCAAGAUGUCACAUUCAUCCAUGUUUCCAUCACUAAACGUUACAGGUUGUGCUAUGUAGUUUGUGUUUUGUUGGCACCUAUUUGCAAUCAGUUUGUCCUCUUUAUUUCUAGCUGUCAUUUAUAGUAUUGCUUUUUAUAUAGUUGAUGUAAAUUUUUUUUUUUUUAGUCUUCUCAUUUACAGAAACCAUAUGAGAUUAACUUGAUGGAGGAAUUGACUUUGAAAGGAGUAACACAAUACUAUGCCUAUGUUACAGAGCGGCAAAAAGUUCACUGCCUCAACACUCUCUUCUCAAGGGUAAGUAUGGAUCUGCUGAUGAUAUCACAUGUGUUAUGCAUCUGACAAACUGUCAGUUUCAGAUUUACUUGCUGUUUACUGAUCUGAAUGGUAGUUGCAUAUUUUGGAUAUUAAACCUGUAAGUGACAGUUGUUAAUGCAAAUUAGGCCAUACAGCUUCUACAAAUCUGUAUCUUGAGAUAGCUGUAUGAUGUGCUAUUUACUGGCUACCAGCCAUGUCAUCAAAGCAGCAUUGGUAUUUUAGUAAAUAUGCAAAUUUCUCAAGUUUGUUUGGGCUUUUGUUUUCAGUUUUAAAGGUGUGGUUUUUUUUGGUUUUCUCCUUCCCUCUCAUUCUCACUUUUAGAUUCUCUGAAAUUUAUACCAGUUAUUAAAGCAUUGUUAAAACUUGUUGGCGUUCCUAAAACAUUCUCCAUUUUGUCUAAUAUUUUAUAGUAAAGAUUUAGCAACCAAAAGAUUUAGCAACUGAUAUAAUCCAGGUCAGACAUUAUGAAAUGAAGAGGAGAAAUUGAAACAUUGUUUCAUUUCUCGUGUUUUCUCUCUGACAGCCAGGUGUUAAAAUGAUUGACAGGGAGCUAAAAUGGAGGUUCCCGGUUGCUGAAUAAAGUGGUGUAGAUUUUUACACUUGCAUUUGGUAGAUAUUAUGCAUGCUGUUACCAAAGUAAUCUUAAAAUGUAAAACAAAAAGUUUAUUGUAGCACAAAGUCUUUGUAUUGCUACUGCAAAUUUAAGGUUUAUUGAACGUUUCUGAUGUAUGUCUUGUAAUAUCGUUAAAAAUCUGUACUUAGUGACCCAUUGUGACGUGUUGGCUUUUUAGCUCCAGAUAAACCAGUCUAUCAUCUUCUGCAACUCCUCUCAAAGGGUAGAGCUACUGGCCAAGAAGAUUUCUCAGUUGGGCUACUCCUGCUUCUAUAUCCAUGCAAAGAUGAGACAGGUUUGUUUUUGUGUUUUUUUUUUUUUUUUGUUUGGUUUUUUUUGGAGUGGUGGGGGGGGGGUGUCCAAAAAAAUAAGGACUUAAACUAUGAAGUGCUGUCAGAACACCACUAGAGGUGCAGUUUAGGCAAAAUGUUAACGUUGACAUUUGUUUAUUAAAAGGGCAAUUUGCACUGAAAUCACUUCAGUAAGAUGAAGUGGUUUUGGUUGCUUGCUUUCAGUAGUCUUGUGAUCCUCAUUGACUUCUACUGAUAUAUUGCAUUAACAGUGAUAUUUUGUUCCAAAUUUCUGUAGAACCUUGUGACCAACAGUCACGUUAAAACCUCAGAUUUACUAGCUCUGCCACUAAUGUGCAAACCAGGAUUAUUCAAUACUUUUAACCUUAUGGUUAUCCUAUGGUUGCCUUAGUCACUCAUCCUCUGCAGUGAUUGUCCUUAGCCCAUUAGGGCUAAUCUUUCCUGAUGUAACAAACAUGCUGGUUUCACUGUCAGCACAUUAGCUUAAAAACAAAGUGACAUCAAUAACUUAAUUUCUAUGUUCAGUGACAGGCCAGGAAAACAACCUGCUUGUGUUGUCAUUAAACUCUCCAUAGACCUCUAUACUGCCAGCCUAGAGACGUAUGCCAAGAGUAGAUUGACAGGUGGUGGAGUGGCCGUUAAGCAAUACAAAUUGGAUGAUUUACUUUUUUCCAGCACCGAGGCUCCAUUGGCACUGCUUCUUUCUCUGCCUCCCGCACCACCAUGGAGUAGGCAUUGCCUUUUCACUUUGUCCAAUCCAGUACUCCUCCGUGUAUUGGGGACCUGUGCAUGUCCAGUGUUACGCUUGUGUGAAAGCUUUCCCAUAGGAAAGGUUUGAAAAAAUAUUUUCAGAUGUGGGCUUACAUGUCAUAUGAUUUAACCCUGCCAUGUAAACACUGAAUAACUUUUUUAAUUGUUUUGUUUCAAGUAAUAAACAGGUGGGGACCAGAUGUGGCUUACUGCAGCCAUUGUGGUUAACCUUAAAAUGGCAAACACUGGCAGUUAAAUUGUUGAAGGCACACUCUACCAUAUCUCAUUGAAUUGGUUAUGGUGCCUGGUAUGCCUUGGCACUGUCCCAUCUGUUAAACUUUUUGUCCUUGGCUUCCAACUGCCCCUCCUUCACAAAAGCUGUUAAAAUGGAGAUGUCAGUUAUGUUGAUUCAUACCUGCAAUGGUACUGUGAUAGGCUGAAUGUGGUCAGUUGACACUCAACCAUUCACAGCUGCCCAUUGCUCCUUAGGCUAAUGCUUCCACAUUAGCCCAAGCAGCAGAGAGAAUGGGUUAUUAAAAAUGGUUUAAUGCGGAAUGGAAUUAAAACACCAGAGAACUAGUCACUUAAAUGAGCUGAAUCAGUUGGUGUUUUUAAUUAUUUUACUUUAGUAAUGUAGUAAAAUUUUAAAUUCCUUCGGUCUCAUUCGCAGGAGCAUAGGAAUAGAGUUUUCCACGACUUCAGAAAUGGCUUAUGCCGUAAUCUUGUUUGCACUGGUAAGAUAUUUCACCUUCUUAAUGCAUUUUAACUGUAGAUGGCCUUCAUAUCUUGUACUUUCAUUUGGUUUCUAGUCUAAAUCGCUUUGCUCUGCAUAUUGCUUAACUUUUUGGGUGCCAGAUCAGCUUUCCAGUGUCAGUACACCUUAUGCUGAAGAGCAAUUGUAGUAUUUUCAGUUUGUGAUGGAUGACCUAUUCUACAUUCAGAAACUGUCUUCUGUGCACUUGAGCACCUAUGCGUUUAUUUUAUUUUUUUGUGGAUAUCACCAGUGUGAAAAACAUUUUUACUUUUAAUUGCUGCUGGUUAACAUGUCGUGUGGCCAGUAUGUUCCUGGAUAUUUCUUACUAAAACCAGUUUCUCUUUCUCAGAUCUGUUUACCCGUGGUAUUGAUAUUCAAGCUGUGAAUGUGGUGAUAAACUUUGACUUCCCAAAACUGGCAGAGACUUAUUUGCAUCGUAUAGGAAGAUCAGGUGAGGAAUAAAUGUUUGUUCCAUAUAUGGUUAGGAUAUACUAACUAUAUCCCUUCUCAUUUUUUUAAAGUCUUAACUAUAACAAUCUUUGUAAGGAAUAAUUAUUAGAAAUGCAUUUUGUGAUCAUUUCCACAUGUUAGCUGUUACAUCUACUUAGAUGUUUCCACCUACACAUUUCUAUCUAGUAGAUUGCAAUUAGCUCCAAAAAUGUUCUGCUAGUGACAGGCCACAAAAUGUUUUAAGAUAAACAGCUAGAGUAUUGCAGUUAUUUGUUAUGGGUUUCUUUAGUUAUAAUGGCAGCACUUUGGUUCAUAGUCUGCUUGUGGUCUGUAUUAUACACUAGGUCGCUUUGGACACCUUGGUCUUGCCAUAAAUUUGAUUACCUACGAUGACAGAUUCAACCUUAAAAGUAUUGAAGAGCAGCUGGGAACAGAAAUAAAGCCCAUACCCAGCAGUAUCGAUAAGAGUCUGUAUGUGGCUGAAUAUCACAGUGAAUCUGGAGAGAAGCAUUAGCCUUCAGGUAAGAUAGAUGGAUAUAUAUAUCUUUAAAAUCUGCUCUUCUUUCAAAGUUAUGAUGCCUGAUGUAGGUUAAAUUGUGUUUUGACUUUUAUGUUAAUGUCGUAAAGGGGCACUGUCACUCAAAGGGUAUUUACUUAUCCCUUAUUUUUAUCAAAUAUUUGAGGUGAGAAAUAAAAUGUAAAUGUGAAAAUCCACCGGAGCAUGAGCUUCCAGGUCUCCUGAGUGUGGAGGUUUGGAUCUGUGCCCAGCUUACUCCAGGUAAGCCAAACCAUUCUAAAACAGUUUGCUUAGGGUAGGAGCUGCCAGGUCACUCCUGCUACUAACCAAUACACUGCAUUUUAGUGGUUAUGGUCCUUGGAGGGUUUUUGUACUUUAUAGGUGAAUCUUCAAUAUGUGAACUUUAUCAAGUUCACCACGAACUUAAUAAAGUUUUUUUUGUAAAAUGCAUAGAUUAGAGUUUCCCUGUAUGUACAAGAAAAUUUCCAUUUAAAUUUAAUCGCUUAAUGGUUUUUGUUGGAACAGGCAGUGAACAGAAUCAUUGUGCACACUGCUAAUGCCACUAAUUUUGGUCCCAGCUGAUAGAGAGGAUCCUUGGGUAUAAAGAUAUCGGCGGUUCCUUGGUACCGGCAAUUUAACCCCUGCUGGUUUUUUACUGCAUGAUCUGCAGUCACUGAGCAAUAAAGCCCAGCACUGCAUAGAACUUAAUAUGGUCCUAAAAAGGAAAUUAUAGUGACCACAACUACAGCUUAUUGUAGCUAUUCUGGUUACUAUAGUAUGUCCCUGUAGGCAUAGUGUUUGUCACUGGGGGUGUUGCUAGGAAUUCGUGUAGUCACUCAGUCGGCCACUAGAGGUGCUUUCUGGUGCCGCACUGGCGUUCAGUCUCCAAGCUCUGCGUGGAGACACUGAACAUUACCCAUAGAAUUGCAUUGAUUCAAGACUGGUUUCCUGUUUAUUUAAAUAUGAGAAGUGACAUGUCUGCUUUAAGGAAAAACUUGUGCUAAAUAUGGACAAUGUACUUUUUGCUACAGUAAAUCAAAUGGCAAAAGGGAAUUACAUUAAAUUUGUCACAGGAGUUAGGUAUCUUAUGUCUACUUUUGUUUCUGCAGGUGACAGUCCUCCUGAAGAAGAGAAUAUCCUGACAUUCAUACAUCACUUUCUUAAGGGUUUCUCCCCUACUCUCAACUGCCUCUCUAGACGUUUGUCUUCAUCUGGAACACUGACCAGCAUAGUUUAGAAUUUUUUUUUUUUCCCUUUUGUGCACUCCCCACCCUGAUUUUAUGAAUGUCCCCAAUGUUGGCACUGCGUGCUCUCAUAAGUUGCACUUAAUGGCUUUAUUUUGUUCCUCCCUGCCCCCCUCACCCCUUGUGGCAUGAUGGAUACUGGAAACCCUCUAUGCUGUUGUAAGCUAGAAAAGGCUGUAACUUGUUACGGGCUUCUCUACUCUCCAGGAGGCCAACAAAGCAAUUUACUCUAAUUUAUUGCAGUCCUUGGAUGUAAAGUUGUUUAGAUUCCAACUUGGUUCAUUCUCCCUUUGCAUCCUCUUGUGGCAUCUUUUUCUUUUACUGUAACCAAACUAUCUUUACUUGUGCAAAGUGCCUUACGCUACGAGACCAUUCAAAAUCAUCUUUCCGAUGCAAACUCAUACAGAAAACAUAAGUAACCCAAUCUACAUUUUAUCACCCAUAUAAAACAUACAAUUUUGUAAGCUGGUGCUAUUAGGCUAGCUAAAAGUUGUAAAUCUUCAACUUUUUUUUCCCUUUUUUUUUUUCUUUUUUCACUAGGAAAAAAAACAUAACUUCAGGUCCCCAUAAUAUAUGUAUAUAUGUACUUAAGCAAAAAAAAUCUGCACCAAUGUCAAAACAUUUUGGGAGGCUUUUAAGUGUGUUCCAGAAACCUUUCCCUCUUUUUUUUUUUUUUCUUUAUAUUUUAUGGUUGUUGCUGAUGUGAAUCCUUUUGUUCCCAAGUGAACACUAAAGGCUGGUUUUUAAUUUUUGUGCCACCUUGCAGCAACUUCCUUUCAAAACUUAUUCCAAAGCCAUGUCCCCCUUCCUUGCAAAGUGUCCCUUGCAUGAGGGGUGUAGGGGGGAGGAGAUGAUACUAGAGAAUUUGAUGUGAAUAAUUGUACAAUAAUGUAAAUAGUUUUUUUUUGUUUUUGUUUUGUUUUCUGGGGUGGGUGGGAAGGUUAUAAAUUGUUCAGGGUUUUUUUUUUCUUCUUGGUUUUCCUAACUGAUGGUUUGAGGGAAUGUGAGUGGGUUAGGACAGCAACUAAAAAUGAGAGAGGCUCAUUUUCUAGCAUCACUUUGGAAAAUGUAUUUGGGAAAUGGCAACUUGAAGAUAUGCCACCUUUCUAUCUCAAAUCUUUCACCACAUGAAGUGGAUUACUUGUUUUGGCUUUUAUCUUCAAAUCAACAUGGAGAUUUUCUUGUAAGAGUUAACAUGUAACUUGUGUGCUGCAGUGCAGUUCUCAAUUUAAGAACAAACUUAUUUUUAAUCACUAAAUUAUUAACCCAAGUUUUUGGUCAGGAUUUUUUUUGUCCAGUAUUACAGAAAUGCCACUUCAUAUUUCUGCAAAGUGAUACUUUGAAUUGUGCCUCUCCCACUAUGCUUGAUGCUUGGCCUUAUAUACAGGCAAUGAGUGAGGAGCCAUCUAUUUUUAUUUUCCCCCUCCCAACAAACUGGCUGCACCUGGAUUGUGAAGAAUUAAACAGUUUACAUACUAUGCACAGUGCCUCAGUCUCCUCCCCCUCCCCUUUUCAAGAAAUAAAUUUUACUAUAAAGGAGCCUGGCCCAUCUGACAUGGUAAAUUUUAUGAUUACACAUCCAGGUGCACCAUAAGCAUAGCUGGCCAGUGGCAGCUGCUGUGCAAUGUUCACAAAAUCUUAAAAUACUGAAACUUCAGAGUUGCUAGAGCACAAUUGGCUUGUUUUUGUUUUUUUAUGGGUUGUAUUUAAGAUUUCUAUAUAUGGAGAUAUACAUUUUGCUCUACUACUGAAGGUUUUUUAUUUAUUUUUAUUUUUUGGGGAUCAUGGUGCAAUAAACAUUUCCCUUUGUUUUCCGAUUUACAUAAGCACAUGCCAUCGUGCUGUAUUGCACCUCUGCUCCUUUACAGAAUUUGCAACUCUUGAAGGGUAGUGCUAUGCUGGUGCUAAAGCCAUGAUCCUUGUAAAAGUGAGAUUUUUUUUUUCCCCCCUCUCCCUUUAAAAUAACUCAAUUUCUGCCGGAGUACAUGCUGUACCUUUAUAAGCUUCAAAGCAGACAAAUGGGUUUAACACAGGCUGAGCACUAUAGGAAUAUAAUGGCAGCUGUCUAAAGAAGCUGUAUUGCGUUUGGUGCUGUGAGUUUCAAUGCAGGGAGGAGGGUGGGGAUGGGGGGGAAUAGUUACUAAAGGCAAAUGGAAAGAUGCUCUAAAAUACCUGAAUAUAAUUUUUUUAACCCCUAAUUAGAAGAAAAAGGUUUAAAAUGUCUUUUGCAGUCUUCCAAGUUUUUGCAGCACUCCCUGCCAUUGCUGUGUCUGCAGUUUUCCCCCCUCCCCGUUUUGAAGACUUAUAGUCGAAAUUAAUGCAGACAACACUGCAGUUUCUCUGGCAUCAGAGUAACCUCACCAAAAUAUUCCACCUAGCAUUUCGGUUGUAAUGGUUAAUUUGGAAUGGGAAUCCACAUUUGGGUAUGGGAGGGAAGGUAUCAAUGUGUUUCUUUUCAGAAUGAGAUGGGAGCAUCUUUCCUUUGCAAUAACUUCAGAUUUAUUAAAUUUGUGCUAUGUAGAGCAGAUAUGUUAAAUCUCUCUGCUCUACAAAGCAAACCUAUUUUGGUAUUCCUGUUCAGUGUCAUUGGUGCAAGAACUUUUCACACCACCUGACAUGGCACAGGCUAAUCAUCUCAUUCUGUUUUUGUUUUAUGGGUUGGGUUAGGAUCUGUAAACCUCAAACAUGUUAGGACAAAUUUAUCCUCCUCCUAGCUGAACAUAUAGGUUUUUUUUUUCUGCCCAUAUAUUGUCCAUAUUCUGCAAUCGGCUGGAAUAUGUUUUGUGCCACUGAAGUUUGGGCUCAGGAUUUAAUUUGGGCAAACUUUCAUAUUUCCUUAUUCAAGAAGUACAUUAAAUUUUUUUUUUUUUUUUUUAAAUUAAAAGGAGUGUUGGCACAUUUUUCCUAAAAUGUUUUUAGUUUUAGAUCUUUUGGUCAAGGGUUACAGAGUUGUACCCUAUUCAGGGGAUGGGAUGGGUGGGUCUUGGCUAUAAACUUUCUUGCUACCAGAAAAUGACUACAUUGAAGACCAAUGAUCUUAGUCAGCAAUAGGAUUAAAAAUACAUUUAAAAAAACAAAAAAAGCACUUUUCCUGGAAUAUUGUGGUGCUCAUCUUCUAGAUGGUACCAUCCAGUGAAAGGGUUUAUACCCUGCCAUUUUCUAUAACUAUGAUUUAGCAGUUUAGCUGCAUUAGACACAAUUCUGAGGAUUAAAAGUUAAACCAUAAAUGCUUUAAAGUGAAGAGGUCUAAACAAAGUGUGCAACUAAGCUGCUAACAAAUACAAAUUGGCAUUGUAUUGAUAGAAAAUGGCCCAGUGGGCAGGUUUAUUUUACUUUUCCUCCCAGUUUAAGGUUGUCAGAUGAGUAAAACAUUAAAGAUAAAUGGUACAAUCUGGAAUGAUUUUUUUUUUUUUUUUACUUUGUUUUAACUGAAUAAAAGCCCACUGGAAAUCAA